GAUGUUUUAAUCUUGAUAGGAAACUGUCAGCAUAACAGACAUCUCCUUUUUAAUCAUGUCGGUUAAAACACAAUUCGUGAAAUGUGUACUAUGCGUUAUUUUCUACCUUGCGAUGUGCUUCUUUUUAUUAAAAGCAAAACAGGCUUCCUAUAUGACGCGAUAUCAAUUUUCUUUAUUAGUUGCAAAAUGUAAUCAAACUAGACAAUGUCCUUCUGCAGUGUCGCGAGUAACUACAAGAUCAGUCGAUUUAGAAAUCAAACUUUUAGAACACGACGAAAUGAAAGGAGAAGCGAUCAACUUGCAGGAGAGUGCAAUGAUUCUGCGACAAAUCACAAAUGUAUGCGCAAAAUACAAUUUAAAAACUCUAUUAGCAAAACGGCAUUUCUUGUAUAAUUCUCGACACAAGUCACUUUACUGCUGGAUUCGAAAAGUAGCUUCCACAAGUUUUACAAAACUUUUCGCAGACAUGAAGAAUCGUUCUACACAAAAUUAUUACAGAGAAAUUAAUAAUUUAGCACCGCGUAGUUUAAAGGAACUGCAACUUGCAUCUCAAGACGCAGAAGUAUUCAAACUUUUAGUGGUUCGACACCCUUUUCAGAGACUCGUGUCUUCGUACAGAGAUCGGAUAGAAGACAACUCAAAAUGCACUGCACAAGCAUGGAUCUAUGUGGAAAAGAUAUUUCGUCUAACGAGACCGAAACUGUUUCACUCGAACACGAAGACUGGCAACUUCCGCCAUAAAGUAUUUACACCUGAUAAAAGAUUGAAAAUAGUGCCGACUUUCAAAGAAUUCGUGGAAUGGCUAGUGCAAACUUCUGAUGAAGAUGAUGUUCACUGGACUCCGUAUUAUACGCACUGUGCUCUUUGCGGUAUACGAUAUAAUUACGUUUUAAAAUUGGACGAUUAUACAUACGGACAAAUUAAUUACAUUUUCUCGAAAUUAAACCUGGACAAGAACGAAGUGUACUUUCCAAAAUUGGAAGAAACACGAGGCGGGCAAACGAAUUUUGAUAUUACGUGUAAAUACUUCAAAAAUUUGACAGAAGAUGCGAUGUUCAAAUUAUACGAGAAAUAUAAAAUCGAUUUUCAAAUGUACAACUACAAUGUUAAUCGAUAUAUGAAUUGUGCGAUGAAGAAAUUUGGAAAACCUUAGCUUGUAGUGGGAAGACGUAACUUUGCAGUAAGGAAAAGUAUUUAUUUUUUUUUGUAUAAAAAUGUAUUCCAUAGUUACAAUCUACGAGAUGAUGUACUUGAAACAUAAUAUUAUGUCCUUUUAUAAACAUUUUUAAAAAUCAAAAUACGUUUAAUCAAA